AUGACAUUGACACCUCCGUCUCGCUUAUCAGCCACAAAAGCACCAUUGAAAAUCAACUUCAAGAAAUCAUUGGAAGGAGUUCCUGUUUGUACUUGUGGACAGGCCCAGUUGAGAGAGGUGACAUUGCAGGAGGAAAAUGAUGCAUAUGAAAAUGCUAUAUCAAACUGUGAAAGUAAAAUACAGGAGAAGAUUGAGGAAGCGGAGUUACUUAGGAGGAAGUUAGAGGAAUUGGAGGACACUGAAAAGAAUUUGAGAGAUGAGCUGGAAAAUGCACAAACAGCAUUGGAUACCAGUCGAUCUCGCGGAUCAGAUGAAGCUGUUGGCAACUCCAAAACAUCAGUUGAAACUGGAGAUGACAUGGAAUCAUCAAAGAAAGCUAUACUAGACAUGUUAGAGGAGAGGAAAAGAGAAUUGAGUGCGUGUGCACCUGUGUAA